GCAAGCGCUGUCGACUGUCACAACAGCAGGACGUGUUUGCUGUUCAGAGUUGGACGACAGAGACAUGAAUGGAACUGUAAGCUUCAUCCUCAUUGGCUGUCUGCUGCAAGACUCUCCACCCAAACCCAAGUUAACCCCAGAGAGGCUGGAGGUGAUGGAGGGGACCUCUGUGAGUUUGAGCUGCUCUGCUGCAGCCCCCUGUCCCAAACUGCCCCCAAAUCUGACAUGGACCCCCAGGCUGAGUGACAGUGUGGAUCAACUGCAAGAGAAUGAGGAUCGAACCAAAUCUGUGUCUUCUGUUCUGACCUUCACUGCUUCCCACCUCCACCAUGGGCAGAAGAUCACCUGCAGCGCACUUUACACUCUGCAACAAGGAGACACUCAGAAGACAUCUGCCAGUCUAACUCUCAGAGUUCUAUAUGCACCUAAGAACACCUCAGUGUCAGUCAGCCCCUCUGGUUCAGUGUUAGCGGGCAGCUCUGUGACUCUGACCUGCAGCAGUAAUGCCAACCCAGCAGUGCAGAACUACACCUGGUAUGAAUGGACUGUUAGUCAGGUGACUUACAAAGGAGCUGGUAAUAAACUAGUCCUCCAGGUGUCUGACACGACCAAAGCACGGUUCUACUGCACAGCAAGGAAUAACCAAGGAACAGACAGUUCACGGCUGGUUCAGCUCAACAUGCAACACUCUCCUGAAAACACCUCGGUGUCAGUCAGUCCCUCUGGAUCAGUGUUUGCGGGCAGCUCUGUGACUCUGACCUGCAACAGUAAUGCCAACCCGCCAGUGCAGAACUACACCUGGUAUAAAAUGAAAGGCAGAGACAUCGAGGUUGUAGGAACUGGAGACAAAUCAGUGCUAUUGGUCAGUGCAACUGAUGGUGGACACUACUUCUGUGAAGCACGGAAUCCACGUGGGGCGCAGAGGUCUGAAACAGUGUUCCUGUUUUUUGAAGGAAGUAAGUUCUCUUUAGCGCAACACAUAAUCUGCGGAACACUGGUGUUCCUGUAUAUUCUAACAGUUUGCGUUGGGGUCUACAAAUAUAAAAGCCUGUGCAAACAAAUACAAGCACAGCCGGGAGAAAAGGGCGGGGACACUUAUGACAGACUGCAGAUCUCCACUAUCACCUCCUCUGACUAUGAUGUCAUAAGGAAAGACGUGGACGCUAGCCGAGGAACUGAUGAAGGAACGUGUGAUUAUGAAAACAUCAAAAGGAAUAAGCAAAAAGGUGCAGCAAGAAAUGUCCAAUAAUAUGUGAACUGGAAGUGCUUAACAGAGCUCAGAAUAGUGCGUAUUUGCAUUUUUACUAUGUUCUUGAAAAUAUGUUCUUGCCAGGAGUCUUUUUUUUUUUUAGAUGAUGCAGAUGGCAUUUGUAUUGCCAUGUUAUGAAGCACUGGAGCGCAGGAAGAAUUAUAUAUUGUGUUGAUCUACUACAUGGAUGUCUAGCUACAUCUUAAUUUGUCAUUAGAUGUUACAGCUUUCCACAGUGUAGCCACAGUAUCCAUAGCUAUGCAUCAUCGCAACUUCUAUGAACCUUUCCAGUUGAGUUGAAGCUAUCCAAUAAAAAAAUACAGUGUUAAUAGGUGCAUAAUAAAUGUGAGUACCCCUCACUGUGGCUGGUGGGAUGGGGCGGGGUCAGAUGUGAGGAGUUGAGGGGGGGGGGGGGGGUCAAUGGCAGGGAAGUGGUGAAGGAUGACGAGACAUGGAUCCUUUACGUGGGACCGGGUGUCUGCUAGUGGCUUACCAUUUUCUUUGCAAGCUAGGUUUGACUAGAGGCGAUCAUAAAGUAGAAGAUACAUCAAAUUAGGCCUUUGAGUUUAUUGUACAUAGUUUAACACACGUGUUGGCUGGCAUGCCUUCAAUGUAAAAUCAUUAACCGAUAGCUGUUACAGUUUGAAAUGCAGAAUAUUUAAUCAGGGACACAAACAUUUGGGAACGUUUUUAUUUUAAAGAGGGUGGAAAUGAGUGGUAGUGAUAAAUAGAGGCACCAUGGUUAUUUCUUAAAAAAUUAAUUUACAGAACAUGACAUAGUUUUGCUCAUUCUCACCUUAUCAUCAAGUUUAUGCAUUACAUGACAGCCACACAGUAAACAGAAAAUGAAAAUGCAUGCCUGCAAUUACUACAAUACACCUAAAACUUUAACAACACAGAAAAAUGGGUCCCUGCCUCUCUUGAAGUUGUUUAACAAAGUAAGCAAUAGCUGCCCCAAGCCUGCUGCCUCUUUAAAUCCAUGGUUUGUCUUAAACAAUGAGAGAAAUCCAAAGUAAAUUCCACUGUAGAGUUUUAUUUCUUAAGUUAACAAAGGUAUGUAUCUCAGUUUGCAUUCAUGAAUGUAAUUGUAACCCUAUAUUACUGUGUCCUUGUGCUUUUCGUCCCUUCCGUGAAAAACCCUGAUAAAGUAAAGUCUGCGUUG